AUGGCCGUCGAGCCCGACCUACGCAGGCAUAAUGACCGCUACAACGCUGUCGGCACCUUCGAGUUUAUGAUGGCGCACCGCGUACCCGUGGACUCGACCGAGAUUAUUGGUACCAAGGGCAAGCUGCCGGUGAGCCUGUUACCGGCGGAGAACUAUGUCAAAAUUUACAAGACGGGAAGAGAUCCGGUAGUAGUUGCCGCAGACUUACUGGGACCGUUUCAGGGCUACUUUACGACGGAGGCGAUUGAGUUUACGGAGAGAGUACUGGAGGACAAACCUUUGCCGAUCAAAUUGGCUUCCGCGGUGGCUGCUGUCAAGAUUGGUGCGGCGUAG